UAAAAUAAAGAAAUUCAAUAUAAAAUCAAUAUACAAAAUUUUGAAGCUAAAUUCAAAAAUAUUUUCCCUUGUCAAAUAAAUAAGGCGCAUGAACAGAUCAUGAGCCUUGGAAGUGCCGGAUAAUGUCCCCCACUCGUCGCCUCCUCUUCCUCCUCCUCGCCUUCUCUUCUCUUCAUACGCCAUGUAGUUCUUCUCCUCCACCAUUGAGCCCUUUAGUGUUAGCCUCGGAAAACGGCGGGCUCUGCAACGGCACACUCAUCCCCUUCCCCUUCGGCAUCUCAGAACUCACCACUUACCCUUCGGCGACUCUCUUCAACAUCACCUGCAAACAUGAUAACGGUGAUCUAACUUCACCACCACGCCUCUCUAUCUCCAACAGCUUCGUCUCAGCCAAGCUUCCCCUCCUCGAAAUCUCCCUUACCGAAGGCUUCGUCCGCAUCGAGCUCGGCCCCUUCUCAUGGCGCUGUGAUCGUGGCUUCGACGAGGUGCCAACCAAACUUCCAUACCUUCUCCAAGACUCCCCCUUUACUUUCUCCUCAACUCGAAACGUGCUUACUGUAAUCGGCUGCGACGCCAUGGUUUCCCUUCGCCCGCUGCGGAGCAAUGAUACGAGAAGCUGCGUCUCGUUCUGCGAGAGCACAGAUAGUGUGGUUGAUGGAAUUUGCUCUGGUGUGGGUUGCUGCCAGGCCUCCAUACCCGAAAAGCUGAAAAGCUUCGAUCUUGAUUUUGAAAGCAUUCGGAACAUGACAGGAUCGAUUCUUAACAACACGCCUUGUGGCAGGGCGUUCAUUUUGGAGCAGAAAGUUUUUAAAUUCUCAGUAGAAGAUCUUAACAGCGCCGGAGGCCGAACUUCGCCGACGUCUGUCGUGCUCGAUUGGUCGAUUGGGAAUAAGUCUUGUGAAGAGGCGAAGAGGGUUGGCGGAGAUUAUUAUAUCUGUACGGAGAAAGCAGAGUGCAACGAUGCCAGAAAUGGUGACGGAUAUCUCUGCCGUUGCAUAGAUGGAUAUGAUGGCAAUCCGUAUGUGCGAGAUGGAUGCAAAGAUAUCGAUGAGUGCGUUGUUAAUGGAACAAGCCCGUGCUAUGGGAAAUGCAGGAAUUUUGAUGGGGGAUAUGAUUGCUCCUGCCCCUUUGGAAAAACCGGAGAUGGCAGGAAACAAGGCAGUGGUUGCAAGAGAGUUGCGCCAUUAGAGAUUGUUUUGGCUGCUGGCCUCUUAUUGUUGCUUCUCCUCUUCAUUGGGGGCAUUAUAUCGUACAAUAAGCUGAAGAACCGAAGAUCUGAAAGGCUCAAGCAGAAGCAUUUCAUGCAGAACGGAGGACUGCUUCUACAGCAGCACUUCUCUGUCAGAGAGGCGUCCGCCAAGAUCUUCACCGCCGGCGAGCUUGAAAUGGCUACUGAUAAGUUCAGCGAGAGCCGUAUACUGGGGCAUGGCGGCUACGGUACAGUUUACAAAGGGAUUCUGUCUGAUGGACGCGAAGUCGCCAUCAAGAAAUCGAAGCUGAUGGAUGAGACUCAGAUUGAGCAGUUUAUCAAUGAGAUGGUCAUUCUUUCACAGACCAAUCACAGGAACGUGGUUAAGUUGCUGGGCUGCUGCUUAGAAACACAAGUUCCUCUGCUCGUCUACGAGUUCAUCUCCAAUGGAACCCUCUUCAACCACAUUCAUUCGAACGGAAAGUUAAAAACUUCACCUUUGUCAUGGGAGACUCGCCUGCGAAUUGCCGGCGAGACGGCGGCGGCGCUUGCUUAUCUGCACAACGCGGCUUCAACGCCCGUCAUUCACAGGGAUGUGAAAUCAGCAAACAUACUUUUGGAUGAGGAGUUCACCGCUAAAGUUUCGGAUUUUGGAGCUUCAAGGCUUGUUCCUUAUAAUCAGACUCAUGUGACGACGGUGGUGCAGGGGACUCUGGGGUACUUAGAUCCGGAGUACUUUCUCACGGGCCUGCUAUCGGAGAAGAGUGAUGUUUACAGCUUCGGUGUUGUUCUGGUUGAGCUGUUAACAACGGAGUCUCCGCUUUCGUUUCGUAGGUCAGAUGAGGAGAGGAGUCUGGCUUCAUACUUCGUUCGGUUGGUGAAGGAGAACAGAAUCUUAGAGAUGGUGGAUCGGCGGUUGUUUCAGGAAAGCUCUAUGAGUUUGUGUGCGGCGGCGGAGCUUGCGAGCAGGUGUUUGAAUGUGAGGGGAGAGGAUAGGCCGAUGAUGAAGGAGGUGGCGGUGGAGCUCAAUGCGCUGAGAAAGCUUUUCGUGCUCAGCAGGCCGCCGGGAAGGCUCGAUGGGGAAGAACAGAAUAGAUUUCUGCUUAGGCCUCUGAGUAUUUGCAGGGAAGAUGGGGAAAUAAGCAUGGAAGAAAAGCUUCUGUGAACUCUAGUGCUGUCAAUAGGACUAAAAUCUAGCCGGAAUUUCGGAGAAUUUCUUAUGCUAACUUUAUGUAUAGUAUGUUAAUAGUAUUGUACAAUACUAUUUGUAUUGGGAGUUCACAUACAUUUAAAAUCCGCAAGGAGUAAUUUUUCUAACACAUGACUAUAAUAUUUUUUGUCAUUUUUAA